AUGUCUGCUAUCAAGAAGAAACAGAAUCUUAUGUGUGAUGACUUUGGCUUCAAAUUGAAAGUAAACGGAAGUCAGCAAGUACAGCACAAGAAAGACAAGACUAAAGAGCAAAUUGAUCCUCCGUAUGAAGUAAUAAUAGCUGGUCCACUAAGAAAGAUAAAACCAUAUUAUUUCACAUACAAGACGUUUUGUAAAGAAAGAUGGAGAGAUCAUAAUGUCCUAGAUAUAUUUGUUAACGAAUUUAGAGAUCGGGAAUACACAUAUUACGAAAAGGCAAUAAGAACCGGAUUGAUAGAGAUAAACAAUAAACCUGCUACAUUGGAUAGUAUUGUGAAGAAUGGUGCUAUGCUGACUCAUAAAAUACAUCGUCAUGAACCCGUUGUCACAUCUGAACCUAUCAGAAUUGUAUUCGAAAAUGAAGGUUUGUUGGUCAUUGAUAAACCUAGUGGGAUCCCUGUGCAUCCGACUGGUAGGUUUAGAUUUAAUACUGUUACGAAAAUUUUGGAAGAAAAGUACAAUUACGUUGUUCAUCCAUGUAAUAGAUUAGAUAGAUCUACUAGUGGCCUAAUGUUUCUGGCAAAGACUCCGAAGGGCGCAGAUGAUAUGGCAAUUCAAUUAAGGGAAAGGGAAGUUACGAAAGAAUAUGUGGCAAGAGUUGUUGGUAAUUUCCCCUCGGGUGAGAUAAUAGUGGAUAAACCUAUAAGGUCAGUAAACCGAAAGGUUUCAUUGAAUGCAGUAUGCGACAUUACUGAUGAGGAUGCAAAAAAUGCCAAGACGAUCUUCGAAAAGAUUUCAUAUGAUGGCCAAACAAGUGUUGUCAAAUGUAAACCUUUAACAGGUAGAACUCAUCAAAUUAGAGUUCAUUUACAAUAUUUGGGGCACCCAAUUGCGAAUGAUGUGAUUUAUUCCGAUCCAACUAUAUGGGGGCCUACCCUCGGUAGGAAUGGUAUUGAGGAGGCCAAAGGUUUCGAUAAAUAUAUUUCUAAAUUGGACGAAAUUGGGAAAACUAAGAAUGCAGCAAGCUGGUAUUCUGCUCGAGAACGAGAAGGAACACGGGAGCAAGAAGAUAAUAGGAAGCACCUAGAACAUGACAUAUGUUCAGUAUGUGACUUCAAUUCAGAUAGAGAUUGUCUUCUCGGUUUAAGUGACUGCGAACUAUGGCUACAUGCCUACCGCUAUGAAUCGACUCAAUUAGACUCUACAACAGGAAUGAAGAAAUGGAGUUAUCGUACACCAUUACCCACAUGGGCGAAAAUAAUCCCAGAAGCAAUAAUCAUAACAUAG